CCUCCCCACCAGUGCACUAGUGGGACGCUUUCACCCACCAUCACCACCAGAUCAGAGUAGCACAUAGACGCAUGGUCAUCAUUGUGCUCAACAGUUGAGGACGAAAGCUCACCGUCACCGCUCUCAGAUCAGACGGACAGGCAGAUGCGAUGCGGGACACUUUCGAGACGGUUCUGGCAGUGUGUUUAUAUGUAUAUCGGAGGUGAGCAGCAUAUAUGCAAGUCAUUCUGUUAAAGAGGUUUAUAUCCUCAUCAACCAACACAGAGAUGUUUCCAUUUUAAUCUGGAGAAAUCUGAAGAAGACAUGGGACUUGGACAGUCCAGCAGGACAUCGGUCAGUGAGGACACAGCAGAGGUCAAUUUUGACCACUUUCAGAUCUUGAGGGCCAUUGGAAAAGGCAGUUUUGGAAAGGUAUGCAUUGUUCAGAAGAAGGACACUAAAAAGAUGUACGCCAUGAAGUAUAUGAACAAACUCAAGUGUGUGGAGCGCAAUGAGGUGCGCAAUGUCUUCAAAGAGCUACAGAUUAUGCAGAACCUUGAACACCCUUUCCUGGUAAAUUUCUGGUACUCAUUUCAAGAUGAAGAGGACAUGUUCAUGGUGGUUGAUCUGCUGUUAGGAGGAGACCUACGAUAUCACCUACAACAGAAUGUGCACUUUACAGAGAGCACAGUGAAGCACUACAUGUGUGAAAUCGCCCUGGCCCUGCACUACCUGCGCAACAAAUGCAUUAUCCACAGAGAUAUAAAGCCAGACAACAUUUUACUGGACGAGAAUGGUCAUGCACACCUGACAGAUUUCAACAUCGCUGCUAUCGUGAAAGACGACUUAAAAGCCACAUCUGUUGCUGGGACAAAACCGUACAUGGCCCCAGAACUGUUCCAGCAGUUGGAGGGAGCACAUCCAGAGUACUCAUAUGCUGUGGACUGGUGGUCUUUGGGCAUUACCGCAUAUGAACUUCUCCGUGGACAGAGGCCAUACAUCAUGCGCGCUAACACACCAGCCAAUGAAAUCCUGCAAACUUUCCACAAGGUUCCCCCAUGUUACCCAGCGGCCUGGUCUCCAGGAAUCAAGUCUCUCUUAAGACAGCUGUUGUGUGUAGAUGCUCAGAAGAGGAUUUCCUGUCUGUUGGAGCUCCAGGACAUGGACUACCUCUCUGAUGUCAACUGGAAGGCUGUGCUGAGCAAACAAAUCCCACCAGGCUUCCUCCCUAAUAGGCGGAGACUCAACUGUGACCCCACAUUUGAGCUGGAGGAGAUGAUACUAGAAUCCAAACCACUGCAUAAGAAGAAGAAGAGGCUGGCGAGGAAGUCGAGAGAGAACGGCUCUGACGGAUCUCCUCAGAAUGGUAAGAUUCAACAACGCUUAGAGAGUGUCCAAAGAGACUUUCUUGUCUUCAACAGAGAGAAGAGGUCGAGAAAAACCAAAGUAUACGCUGAGACGAACAACCUCAACACAGUGGAGACGCACAAAGCCAUUCAAGAUGGACAGAACAACAACAUUUCUCCAUCUCCAUGUUUAUCAGGUUAAGGCUAGAGGGACACCAGAGCUUUCUUCUUUUCUUUCAUACUUACCUUCACUCCAACAGCAGAGCCCAUGGCCCACUGCAGCUUCCGUGGACCCUACAAAAUGCAUGAGAAGUCCAUAGUGAAUAGAGAAUCUCCAUAUGGAGACUCGGGAAUAUCACGGAAACUCAGGACACUGGAUACAAGCAUGUGAACCUGGCGUGACCCCCAUGCAUUAGGCCUAGUACAAAAAAAAACUGAAUAUAACAUGAAAAAUAGCUUAGACUGAAUACUGCUAAAUCACAAAUAAAUAAACUGGGAGGGAAAUUUGAAUAAUGAUCAUUUUGCACCUGGAAACGUCACAACCAUCAUUUAAAUAUGUGCCUUACUAGUUUAAAGGAUUUCACUAAUGCGUUUGGAGGCACAUGAAGAUUUAAGGCUCAAGUCUUUCUUUAUGAUUUAUAAGGCUGCUCGUUAACACACAAAUGCAUAGAAUAGAAUGCAAAAUAUAUUUUCAAUCAUUAUGCGAUUAUGUGAUUAAUUAUAAUAGUAUAUAAAUGUGAACCUUACAGUGUUGCACAUACUGACAUUUAUUGUGCUUAUACAUUAUUUGGCCUGUCUGGACCUGUAGCGUUUUUGAAGAUUCAUAGGUGGAUCUCAUUGUGCAGCUGUGGAAGAGUUUGUCUCAUGCACAAAACAGAUACUGUAAUAAAAUACUUUAAUAGCAUCAUCUGACAACUCUGACCAAUGUUUGUACAUCUCAUAAAUAUUCACAAAGGCUGUUUCUGGAUCAUUUGUUAAACACUGCAGUCUAGUGCUGACAUUUUAGAUCUCAAAGUUAAUUACGUGUUUCCAUCUUAAGUGUAUUUGGCAGAUCAGUUUAAGUUUGGUAGAAAUGUUUAGAGCAACAUUUUUUCCUCUUUGCCCAAAAUGAUGCAAUAUCUCCCUCUAGUGGCAGGUUAUACAACAUAUUUAAUGUUUUAUUAUGUAUAAAACAGAUCUCAAUAAAAUAAAUA